AUGGACACUCUUCCCGCUCCUUAUGAGAUCAUGGCCAAGAUUUUUUUCCUCUGCCUCUCUGACGAUGAGGAGCUCCAUCCCAGCCGAGCACCCAUUCUUCUCAGCCAAAUAUGUCGAGAAUGGCGAGAGACAGCACUGGCCAUACCGCAGCUCUGGUCAACACUUCAUUUGCCAUUCACAGAACGGAGCGACAUUAUACCUGCUUUACAGAUAUGGCUGGAGGCAUCGGGAAAUCUUACACUCACCUUUGACGCCAUCCUGACGACGUCUCCUGCAGAUUCUAUAUCGUCCAGAACGGAGAGACAAUACAUACAGAUACUCUGUUCACAUUCACAACGGUGGCACCAAGUACGAUUGAUUCUGCGCUCUGAAUCGUCACUAGAAAUCUUCAACGCCAACCUACCCGACAAUCCCUUUCCAAUCCUGCGAUGCAUAGAGUUGAGAGUGUUGACAUCACGGCACUAUGCCGGGAUCAGGACCGAGUCUUGGAACUUCACGCUUCUCGAGAGGCUGCGUUCUUCUCCGUAUCUCGAAACCCUCGCUAUCGAGAACUGGAGACAGUUUGCCACCUUCGACCAGCUGCCAUGCUCAUCACUUCGCCAUUUGUGGUGUUGCUCGAUUUCCAAUACCUCAUUCGAUGUGGGGAAGCUUACUGGCACUCUACGACAUUGUGAUCAUCUCGCCUCCUUGCAUCUAGAGAUGACUGCUCUUUCCCACCUCGUUCUGGAUGUAGCCACACCGACUCAUUUGCCUCGGCUGGAAACGCUGAGCCUCUCAUUCGGAAACUUUCUAUUCCUCGCAGACGUUAUCAACGCAUUAUACACACCCAACCUUCAAGCUCUACGCCUCCAAGUGCAGGUCGACAUGUAUACACCCGAAUCUGUCGUUCCAUUUGCACAGAUGCUUACAGAUUGCACCCCGAGCUUAAAAAAUCUCGAAUUGUCUCUGCGACGUACCAUAUACCGUGAACCGUCUGUCACUUCGGCCAUCGCAAAUCUUCGCAAUCUGACAUCACUUACACUGGACCACGUAUGGUUCACCGAGGGCAUCAUCACUCUCUUCAAUUCUCUCACCCUUCCCGUCUCUCCCGACAAUAUGUUCAUUCACUCUGCCCAAAACGUCGUACUCGAUCAAUUGUACGUUGGCUGUGAGCAGGGCUGGCAGUACGAGAAUUACUCGCAGCCCUUCCAGUUCCGCUUCUUUGAAUCCCUGGCGAAUCUUGUUGCCUCACGGUGGGACCUUCCUCCUGAUGCAACUUGCUCCGAUGGUUCGCCGAUUCAUCGACUGUCCUUGUUCCACAUGGGGGGCGAAUGGGUGGACGACUGGGAAAAUUGCAACCCGGAGUCAUAUCGCCGUGUCUGUAAAUGUUGGGAUGAAGGGUUGGGCGGUCGGCCUGAUGUCUUCGACCGAAAUUCCAUCCAUCAGAGUGUCACUGGUCAGAGUCUCUUUGGUCUGAGUUCCUCCGGCCAUAUCACCUUCGGUCAAACUUGA